GAAGAGAGAGCGCGGUUUAUUAUUUUUGUUUUUCUCGUGUUUUGUUUCUUUGCGGGUCAGUGGGUUCCAGCAGAGGUGGCAGCGGCCAGCGUGCGGACACUUUAAACGGAGUCUGCCCACACUGGGUGCCCCCGGCUACCAGUCCCCAGGCCAGGGCAUCCCGCUCGGGCUCUACCCUCUGCCUCUCCCCGGACGGACUCCCCGGGUGUUUCCGGAGUCCGCUUAGAGCGAGGUCGCCGCGCCGCCCGGUACCCCCGCAGCGUGUGGGCGCGGCGAAGCAGCCCGGGCUGGGGACAGAUGCUGGAUCCCACGCCACAACCCCGGCGCUGGGGAGACCCCCAGUUGAGCUCGAGAGGAAAGGAAAAUGUUAGUCCACACCUACUCAUCCAUGGACCGGCACGAUGGCGUCCCAAGCCAUAGCUCGAGACUGUCUCAGCUGGGCUCUGUGUCCCAAGGGCCCUACUCGAGCGCCCCGCCGCUGUCCCACACACCAUCCUCGGACUUCCAGCCACCCUACUUCCCGCCCCCCUACCAACCGCUACCCUACCACCAGAGUCAAGACCCCUACUCCCACGUCAACGACCCCUAUUCCCUGAACCCUCUGCACCAGCCCCAGCAGCACCCCUGGGGACAACGACAGCGCCAAGAGGUGGGCUCAGAAGCCGGCUCUCUCCUGCCCCAGCCCCGGGCAGCCUUGCCCCAGCUCUCUGGCCUUGACCCCCGAAGGGACUACCACUCUGUCCGCCGGCCGGACGUGCUUCUCCAUUCGGCACACCACGGCCUGGACGCCGGCAUGGGCGACAGCCUCUCCUUGCACGGCCUUGGGCAUCCUGGCAUGGAAGACGUGCAGUCAGUUGAAGAUGCCAAUAACAGCGGCAUGAACCUACUGGACCAGUCAGUCAUUAAAAAAGUUCCUGUCCCUCCCAAAUCUGUGACUUCUCUAAUGAUGAAUAAAGAUGGCUUCUUGGGAGGAAUGUCAGUCAACACCGGCGAGGUAUUUUGCUCAGUCCCAGGCCGUUUAUCUCUACUCAGUUCAACUUCAAAAUACAAAGUCACUGUGGGAGAAGUUCAGAGACGGCUCUCGCCCCCUGAAUGCCUCAAUGCGUCUCUCCUUGGCGGCGUCCUCAGAAGAGCCAAAUCGAAAAAUGGGGGGAGAUCCUUGAGAGAAAGGCUAGAAAAAAUCGGUUUGAAUUUACCCGCGGGCAGGCGCAAAGCAGCAAAUGUCACGUUACUCACCUCCCUGGUGGAAGGGGAAGCUGUUCACUUAGCUCGGGAUUUUGGGUAUAUUUGUGAAACAGAGUUUCCUGCGAAAGCUGUGUCCGAGUAUUUGAACAGGCAGCACACGGACCCCAGUGACCUGCACUCCAGAAAGAAUAUGCUUCUGGCCACCAAGCAACUUUGUAAAGAAUUCACGGAUCUGUUGGCGCAGGACCGGACACCAAUCGGGAACAGCCGGCCCAGCCCCAUCCUGGAGCCCGGCAUUCAAAGCUGCCUCACGCACUUCAGUCUCAUCACCCACGGCUUCGGUGCCCCGGCCAUUUGCGCUGCGCUCACCGCCCUGCAGAACUAUCUCACCGAGGCGCUCAAAGGCAUGGACAAGAUGUUCUUGAACAACACCACUAACAGGCACACGUCUGGGGAAGGCCCAGCUUUACCCGCAUGGUUUAUGAGCUUCUUCAAAGAAGACUUGGGCUUCCUACACAAUCUAUAAGGUACUGAGAAAAAAAAAAUCCGAUCCGUUUAAAGUCAGAGCCUGUGAGUCAGAUUCGGCAGGUUCACUUCUUUAAAGAAGCUCAAAGAGAGUCGUGUAGGAAGUGGCCGGUGGUGUUGGGGGAGUAGCUUUGAUUCCUGCGGCUAACACACCUCAACUGGGGAUUCCCUGCAAGGGAAGAGAAGGGCACUGCAAAACGCAUUUUAAGGGACUCCAGUGAGGCAUCUUGGGAACCUGUAUAUUCUAACAGUAUUGCCUUCACUGAAAAAUGGAUUCCAUCUACUUGAGCUCUUUGGGGACUGUUGUUCUAAUGGGGAAAGAAGCAGCUUUGCUGAUGUAAUUGGGGAAGACAGUCUACAAACUACCAUGCCUCCACUUUAUGAAUGAAGCAGUUCCCCCUCUUAGACAUGCACUUGUUUUUGACACAAAAUGGAACACACACACAUAAACACAUACACACCACAUGGCAAAGUGAAAAAGGCUUGCAUUUCAGCUUUGAAUUCCUGUCUGUAUAUAUUGGGAAUAUUCCCAAUGGAUGAAGUUCCAUGCAUUUAAUAUAGCCCACUGUGCUCUGCCAACUUUUAACCCAUACUGUGUCUUAACAUUGCUAUGACAUGAAUCCCACACCUUUAACAAGAACAGUGAGAUCCUCGGAGUAGAGUAUUUGGUUGGUGAGACAGGCACACUCAGCUAGUGUGGGUACUCGUGUUUCUUUUCAACAACCUAGAGGGGAUCUUUGCAAAAUCCAUUGAGAUAAAAAAGGAAAAAAAAAAUCAGAUUUUUUUUUUUUUUUUUUUUUACAAAUAGUCCCUUUCCCCAAUAGUCUGAACUCUCAGGUUUACCAUCCCUUCCCAACCCACCAUAAAGCAAGGAAAAGGGGUUUAAGUUUUAGGGGUCCUCUGAGGGCUUAGCUCAGAGAGUUUUGAGGGAAAGAAAAGUCAGUGGGUUUUAGCUCACUGAAGGUUAUGAGCAACAACUGAGGUCAGGCAACCUGUCGCCUCCAAUCUCUAGCUGCUUCUGAGUCCUGUGGGGUUUGCAGGACACGGCCCUAGCCAAGCUGAAAGGCGUACAAAGGGCAGGAAAAAAAAAGGAAAGAAAAGAAAAGAAAAACAUUGUGUGAGCUCUAGACUUGCACCUCUCCCCGGUUUAGAAAGGCGCCCGUUUUGUCAGAGGGCCUGGACGCUUGCCUUAGUUCAAUUCUAAUUGCACAAGGCCAGUAGAAAACACAUUGAAAAACAUCGUCUCCUUUCCUUGCAGGGCAACGCGCCCCACGCGUGUGACAUCGAGAGACGCGAUGGAUGCGCCUUGCUCUUACUGUGCAGGUCCUGGGAACACGUGGGCCACUGGAGCCCAGUGGUGUUGAGGACAUAGAGAGUCAGCAGCUGCUGGGGUCGCGAGCCGCACGGGCCCUUCCUGCCCUCGGCCUCACCCUAAGGGCUAAAGCAACCGGGAAGGGCCGGUCCCGAGUAGGUAAAGGGGCGGCGCCCCAUUGGCUGCUGGGGGAGGGGUCCCAGAGCUCUGGAAAGCCCUUUUUGCCACGAGCGGUCACUUCCGGGCCCUACACUCAGAGACAUUAUAACACUAACACGGAACAGUUCAAGGAAUCUGAAACUUCCAUGUGUUCUUUUCUGCCGGGAAGGAAAUUGUCCCCACCCUCACUCUCCUGAGUGUGGACAUGAAAUAAGAACUGUCAUACUUGGGUGGGUAGGUAAGCUCCUUAGAUGUCCUGCUCUCUGUGGGAGCAACGCCAAAGGCGCAGCGAGAUAGACUGGUCCUGAGCGCAGGUCCCCCACCGCCGGAGUGAGUCCUCCCUUUCUGUCCCUUUCUCCCUUCUUCACAUCCGACCCUCCGCCUCCAUGCUUUCCUUAGUCAGGCUGGCUACAUUUAUCUGAUAAUUGAGUUAUUAAAAGCUUUGGUUUCCUUGGGCUUAUAUGUCAAUAAACAGUAGGUUUAACACAAGAGUUUGCCUUUUAAAUGAAGAAAAACGUUUAAGGCCAGACCCUUUGAAUUUUGUUUUCAAACCAAACAGGUGAGUUACAGUCCUAACCUCUUCCCUGCUCUUUGUAGACUUUUUAUCCAGGCCGGCGUGCCUCCUAGUAAAGGCUGGGGCUCCAAACUAAAAUAACUAAUGGCUAAAGAGGAAGCCCGUGGCGGCUGGAUUUCCCCAAAGGUUCUUCUAGCCCUUUCUUUGCGAAUCAGUCCUGCUCCUACCUGUGUUCUGGGUCUCACAGCUUUGUUUCUACCUGAGGGCUCCCUCUCCAGGGACUUUUAAUCUCUAUCCCAACUAGGAAGUUACUUUCUUUUCACCCUUUCCCCGAGUUAAUAUUGCAUUUUUCUUUCAUCUGCCCUAAGUCUGUCUUCACCCUUAGCUUUCUCCACCCCCAUAGAAACAGCUCAAUAGGUUUUCAGAGAUCCAACUUUUGUUGUCGUCGGCCAAGGAAACAACUUCCUCUGGAGCAAUUAUUUCAUGUCCUAUGAAAACUGGCCGAAUGGAAAACUACAAACCCCCAACUUAUCUCCACACUUCCUUCAUGGGUACAAGGCCCGUUCUGAGUUAGAGUUCUGACAGAAAACUUAUCACCAUACACGCUACCCUUUGCUUGUAGUACAUUGUGUGGAAAGGAAAUGGUGACCUUCAACUAUACUGCCUCAAGAGCUCUGCCAGCAUCUCCCCUCCUUUGCUGAUGUACAUUAAAUUCCUGGUGACAGAAAAGAGAAGUAUUGGAAUCUGUUUGGUUUCUUUAAGAAAAAAAAAAAAAACCCGAAAUGAACACUAUUUCUUCUUUAAAUGCCAAAAUCGAUCCUCCUUUUGAGUUGGUUUCUAAUUCACUAACGUUGUUUUUACCACCCAGUCAAGAAAUUCCAACUGCCUCUUCUUGAGAGCACUCUGGAGGGUAUCUGUGUUAAGUUUGUAUAUAUUUAUUUAUGCUUAAUUUAAUGGGAAUGUGUAAAUAUGAUGAGCAAGUAGUUUGGGAUUAUUUAUCUGUGAAUCUAUACCUCUGUGAAUGGGUGGUUUAAAAAAAAAAAACCGCUUGACCCUAGGUAGAAUCCUAUCUGAAAUUUUCUGUUCUUUAUAGACAAGCUGUUACGGUAUUGGGUAGAAAUUGGUUUAUUGUCCAGUGUUAAUCUGAUUUACAUAAAUAAAAAGAUUGUUGUGUUUU